AAGUACACUCUACACCAACCCCUUUUGUCUCUCUCUCUCUUUCUCUACAGACACAACACAAAAAAUUUCUUCGAAAUGGCUCAGCAUUUGAAAUCUUCUUCAUCGAAAUCGGCUUUCCUAAACAUUCUGAAACAUAAGCUCGGUUUCGUUUCUCCGAGCCACGGGGCUCGUCAUCUCCGCCAAAACCUACCGCAUGGUCCUCCGAGUAUUGGAGUAUCACAGAAUCCAAUUAGUCGUUUGUGUAACACCAUGGCAGAGAAGCUCUCGGGUAUUGGUUUUCACGAAGACGUCAAUAAUCAGGUCAUGGAUUUUCCUGGAGGAAGGAUAGCUUUCACACCUGAGAUUCAAUUCAUAUCAGAAUCCAAUAAAGAGCGUGUACCUUGCUACCGUGUUCUUGAUGACAAUGGCCAACUAAUCACCAACAGCCAGUUUGUUCAGGUUAGCGAGGAAGUAGCGGUGAAGAUAUAUAGCGAUAUGGUUACUCUUCAAAUAAUGGAUAACAUAUUUUACGAAGCUCAAAGACAAGGGAGACUCUCCUUUUACGCCACCACAAUCGGGGAAGAAGCCAUUAAUAUUGCAUCAGCUGCAGCUCUCACUCCUGAAGAUGUUAUCUUUCCUCAGUACAGAGAGCCUGGUGUUCUGCUAUGGCGUGGUUUCACCCUUCAAGAAUUUGCAAACCAGUGUUUCGGGAACAAAUCUGAUAAUGGAAAAGGCAGGCAGAUGCCAGUCCACUACGGCUCUAAUAAGCUCAACUAUUUUACCGUUUCUGCAACAAUCGCUACACAGUUACCAAACGCGGUUGGUGCUGCUUAUUCCUUAAAGAUGGACAGGAAGGAUGCAUGUGCAGUCACAUUUUUUGGCGAUGGUGGCUCGAGUGAGGGAGAUUUCCAUGGUGCUUUGAAUUUUGCAGCAGUUAUGGAAGCACCUGUUUUAUUUAUCUGCCGGAACAAUGGUUGGGCAAUCAGUACUCCCACCUCAGAUCAGUUCCGAAGUGAUGGUGUAGUGGUGAAAGGCCGUGCUUAUGGAAUUCGAAGUAUACGUGUUGAUGGAAAUGAUGCACUUGCUAUGUACAGUGCAUUGUGUGAAGCUCGCGAAAUGGCAAUUAGAGAACAGAGGCCAAUCUUGAUCGAGGCUUUAACGUACCGCGUAGGACACCAUUCAACGUCAGAUGAUUCCACUAGGUACCGCUCUGCAGAUGAGAUAGAGUGGUGGAGCAAAGCAAGAAACCCGCUGUCUAGGUUUAGGACAUGGAUUGAAAGUAAUGGCUGGUGGAGGGAUGAAGCGGAAUCGGAUCUAAGAUGCAGAAUCAAGAAAGAGAUGUUAGAAGCUCUCCGGGUUGCAGAGAAGUCCGAAAAGCCGAAUCUGAAGGAAAUGUUCUCAGAUGUUUACGAUGUUCCUCCUUCUAACCUCAGGGAACAGGAACUUCUGGUGAGGCAGACGAUCAAAAGUCACCCACAAGAUUACCCAUCAGAUGUUCCUCUUUAGAUAGACACUCUUAUCAGAUGCUGUGUGUAAUAAAAUGUAAAAGAUAAUCUACUUUGCGAAACUUUCAUUAUUCAAAAACAUACAACUUCUUUGAUAGAGCACAGACUUCUUCAGAAUCUGGUAGUAAUGUGUGAUG